AUGCAACUAUGGGAAUACGACUGUGGGAAGCCAAUAAUCAAUGCAAGUGUACUUUGCGGCUGGAAUCUCCUUUUCACGACGUGGAAAGCGAGUCAGCAGGUGCGUGUAAUUCAACAAUGUGUCAGCGUUGUGGACAGGCACUGGUCUGUGUCAUCAAAGGCCGAAACCCGCAAGUUCGAUGCAACAAAGCUGCCCCCACUCGCGGUUUCUGUUUUCGUCCGACAUUACUUGAAAGGUGAACACGUGGUAGAGAAUUUGUCGCUACGUGAUACAGCUGCAGUCGUACAUCUGGCACAAAUUAUAGGAAGUUCGACCCUACUAAGCCGAAUAUGUCGAACCCUAGAGACCAUUGCGGCUCAAAGCGAUCGUGAUCUUUGCCUGUGCUACGUAAUAUCGUACGCCUGUCAACUUCCAAUAAGCAGGCAGUUUGCAAUCAUGAUCCGUAAGAAGUUUGAUGCUAUUCAAUCAACAUUGCGCAAAAGUGUUGAAGACCCUGAAAUGUUAGUUCCGUUGUUAGAGAGUUGCGACAUCCUCACAUCUAGUGAAAGGAAUGUAGCACUGUUUGCUAUCGACUGGUCUUUCUUUCAUAAAGCAAGUAGCCAACAAUGUUUACGAUUGUUGAAUUGCGUACGGAAGUCUUUCCUGUCGUCUGAGGAUACCGAUAAAUUAGCAACUUACGUACGAUUAUGUGACAAUGACGAGAUUUGCGUGGCCUGGAUGGCGUAUGUCACAAACCCCAACUCCAAGUUGUGCUGGAAUACCGGCCAUAUCAUGGACAAGAUGCCGCGAUGUGGUGCAGGACCGUAUGGGACGCAAACCUCUCCGGCAAAAGGCCUCGCUCCUCAGGAUCGUCACACUAUCCCAAGUGUAGAAACUCGUCGAAGGAUUCAAGAACUUAGAAGAAGUCCAUCGUUGCCGCCAAGAAGAGACCUUCAGUGGGGACCGCAACGCAUAAGGCGGUCGACGAUCGUGAAAACCGCUCUUACCAAGGGUUUCUCAGAAUUACGUGCCAUGUUCAGGCGCAAUACUAACAAAUGAGUGCAAUAAACUUGUU